GAUGUUGCAAUGAUCAUGCCUGAAUGCCAGAUUGUUGCUACUGUGUAAAUAAAUCUCGAUCUACUCUUUCAGCAUUGACAGGCUCAUCAGCUAGGCGUCAAUGUCAUGAAAUUAGGGACCAUCAUCACUAAGGUAGGUAACACUUGAUCAUUCGCCUCAACCUCAAUCUUCCAAAGACCAAUCGUCCACCACUAAUUUUAGUACAAACACCAUCUUAUUUGUUGUUCCGGCAAAUACUCUGAUAUCAGGUCUUUCAUCCCGAUGUUGUGGCAUGUUUUAUGGUCAUUGUAGCGCCACUCUUCUGCUAACACGGAUGGGGAUCCUCAUUAAAAAAAAUAUCCCCUGGAUGGACCCCUGUGCGGCGACUUUCACUUGCCGCUCACGCCGCCCUUUCAUUCAUUCCCUUCCAUGACAGUUUGAUAUUAAACCUUUUUUAUAACUUAAUCCUUAACACCCUCCUCAAGAUAUUAAUCAUUCUAUCCUUCACUCUCCUUCAGUUUCCCUCCCUUUUUAGCCCGCCUUGGUUGUCGACAAGGAGCAUCUGCUUCAAUCGUCUUGUUUCUCCAUCCUCAUCUCGACCCGUACGUUCCGACCGCUGCUUCAACAAAAUGCCUGGACGUACUCUACCGACUUUCACUCGCGCUGAGGUGGAAGCGCAUAACUCUGGUGACUCCUGCUAUGUCACCAUCGGCAACAAGGUCUACGAUAUCACCGAUUUUGUUGAGGAUCAUCCUGGCGGUCCCGAAUAUAUUCUCGAAUACGCCGGUCGCGAUAUCGAAGAGAUCCUCAAAGAUUCUGAUUCUCAUACACACUCUGACUCUGCCUACGAGAUUCUCGAUGAGAACCUUGUCGGAUUUCUCGUUUCUGAGAAGGCUGUUAAUGGACACGCCAAUGGAAAGGCCAACGGCAACGGAAACGCAAAACUACCCAAUGGUGAAGCCAACGGAGACGCAAAUGGCUCCGUCCACCCCCGAACCGGAAUGUCUUGCGCGGAGGACUUGAGCAAGGAUACAGACUAUAACUUGGAUUACAAGAAGAACAAGUUCCUCGACCUGAACCGACCUCUCUUCCCCCAGAUCUGGUUCGGUGGUUUCUCCAAAGAAUUCUAUCUUGAUCAGGUCCAUCGCCCUCGCCACUACAAGGGAGGCCAGUCUGCGCCUCUAUUUGGCAACUUCCUCGAGCCUCUCUCCAAGACCGCCUGGUGGGUUGUUCCUAUGGUCUGGCUGCCUUGUGUCGCGUACGGUACCUGGGUUGCUUCUCAAGGUUUCGAUAACCAGCUCUACACCUUGGGCUACUGGGCAUUUGGCGUUUUCUUCUGGACCAUCAUCGAAUAUGUCCUGCAUCGCUUCCUGUUCCAUCUUGACUACUACCUGCCCGACAACCGUGUUGGAAUCACGCUUCAUUUCAUACUUCACGGCAUUCAUCAUUAUCUGCCCAUGGACAAGUAUCGUCUUGUUAUGCCUCCUACGCUCUUCGCUGCUUUGGCUGCUCCUUUCUGGAAGUUUGCACAUGCUGUACUCUUCCACAACUGGUAUGCUGCUUGUGCAGCUUACUGUGGCGGCAUCUUUGGAUACGUCUGCUACGAUCUCACACAUUACUUCCUUCACCACCAAGACCUUCCUCUGUGGUACAAGGAACUCAAGAAGUACCAUCUUGCUCACCACUUCCUUGACUACGAACUCGGUUUCGGUGUGACGAGCAAGUUCUGGGACAGCGUGUUUGGUACGGAGCUGAUCUACAACACCAAGAAGACGAAAUAAGUCAGUAAUAGUGCACAAAAUCUGCCUGGCGCAAAGAGAACCAAUACAAGCCAGGACACAGUAUAUACGUCUUGCUUCGAUAGUGGUUGGUGAACACUGGGUUGUACGGAACAGUCAUGAUUUUAUGGAUGGUAACGAACAUGGUGGUCACUGACAAUAAUGGCGAUGAAGCAUUCUCAUAAAUAGUUUUAAUGGUUGGGACUGGUUUGCCCAAUGGGUCGGUCUAUUCUUGGACAGAGUUAAUUUAAUAAUGAACCUUUUAUUGGAUA